UUGGGUUAAAAACUCGUCAUUCGAUAGUGUAAAAAUUUUCAUUUCACCGGCAAACCACCCCUAAUCCGAAGGGGAUAAGAGGAUAAAUAAAAUAAGAAAAAAAAUAGGGAGAGCUGUCGAGUAUAUCACUUCGCUGUGCAGUGCAGCUUCUCGUCCCCACUCGCUUCACCCCAAAUCCUUCUUCUCCCAAGCGAAGCGGAGAGAGAGAGAGAGAGAGAGGUGGGGGCGUGGGGCAUGGCGGAGGAGGAAGCCGUGGAGGGGGGGGAGGAGGAGGAGGAGGAGGUGGUAGGGGGGUCGGCGGCGAUGAUACUGGACCUGCCGGAGCCGCUGCUGCUGCACAUCAUGAGCUUCGUGACGGACGUGAGGUCGAGGCACAGGGCGGCGAUGGCGUGCGGGAGGAUGAGGGCGGCGGAGAGGGCGACUAGGGGGGAGCUGGCGCUGAGGGGGGACCCGAGGUCGCCGGGGUUUCUGUUCCUCGGGCCGGGGUUCUGCUUCCCGGCGCUGGAGCGGCUCGACCUGUCGCGCGUCUCGCCGUGGGGGCACCCGUUCCUCUCCUCGGUGCCCGCCGGGGCGGGGGCGGGGGCGUCGUCGUCGUCCGCCGCGGUGCAGCAGUUCCACCACACCGAGGUGAUAUCCGAGCAGAACGCCUUCAUCGCCGCCCGCCUCGAGGGCUGCUUCCCGGCGGUGUCCUCGCUCGCCAUCUACUGCCGCGACCCCACCACGCUCGCCAACCUCCCGCCGAGGUGGCAGGGAUCCCUCCGCGGAGUCAAGCUCGUGCGAUGGCACCAGCGCCCGCCGAGUCUCCCCCACGGCGCGGAUCUCGAGCCGCUGCUGCGGACCUACGCCGCGCUCCGGGAGCUCGACCUGUCGGAGUUCUACUGCUGGACGGAGGACAUCGAGGUGGCGCUCACCACGCACCCGACUGCCACCGCGGCUCUCACCCACCUCGACCUCGGCCUCGCCGCCGCCACCGACGGGUUCAAAUCCUCCCAGCUCGGGGCCAUCGCGGCCUCCUGCCCCAACCUGCGGAAGCUCGUCGCGCCCUGUUUGUUCAACCCCCGGUUCAGCGAUUGCGUCGGCGACGACGCCUUGCUCUCCCUAGCCACCAGCUGCCCCCGGCUGACGGUCUUGCGGCUCAACGAGCCGUUCGAGGCCGCCGCCAGUGUAGAGCGGGAGGAGGCGGCCAUUACAGUUGCAGGGCUAGUCGCCUUCUUUGCGGCGCUCCCCGCGCUGGAGGAUUUCACGAUGGAUCUCCAGCACAAUGUGCUGGAGGCAGCGCCCGCGAUGGAGGCGCUUGCCCGCAGGUGCCCAAAGAUCAAAUUCUUGACGCUGGGGUCCUUCCAGGGGCUGUGUAAGGCCUCUUGGUUGCAUCUUGAUGGUGUUGCAGUCUGCGGUGGGCUGGAGUCACUUUGCGUGAAGAAUUGCCAAGAUCUAACUGAUGCCAGCCUUGCGGCAAUUGGUCGUGGCUGUGGAAGGCUUUCUAUGUUUGGCAUCCAUGGCUGUGAUCUUGUCACUUCAGCUGGGAUCAGGAGGCUAGCAGCAGCGCUUCGGUCUUCUCUCAAGGAAGUUAGUGUUUUGCACUGCAGGCUUCUGCACACCGCAGAGUGUCUCGCUGCUCUAAGUCCGAUCCGUGAUCGCAUUGAAAGUCUUGAGAUCAACUGUGUCUGGAACCCCGCUGAACAAUCCUGCAAUGUUGCAAAUGGCACCACUGAAUGUGAUCCCGAGGAUGAUGAGCUUGGUGAAGUAUAUGAGUCUGCAUCCAAGAAAUGUAGGUACAUGGAAUUUGAUGAUCUUGGCAGCUGGGAGAUGCUCAGGUCACUCUCUCUCUGGUUCUCUGCUGGCCAGCUUCUUUCCCCACUCAUUUCUGCUGGUCUUGAUAGCUGCCCCGUGCUUGAGGAGAUCUCAAUUAAGGUAGAGGGUGAUUGCCGGACAUGCCCACGCCCUGCUCCACGAACAAUUUUUGGCUUAAGUGACCUUGCAGGCUUCCCAGUAUUAGCCAAGAUGAAAUUGGACCUUAGUGAAGCUGUGGGUUAUGCUCUUACUGCACCAACUGGGCAGAUGGAUCUUUCACUAUGGGAACGAUUCUAUUUACACGGGAUUGAGUCAUUGCAAACUUUGUAUGAAUUGGACUACUGGCCGCCCCAAGACAAGGAUGUGCACCACCGGAGCCUGACAUUGCCAGCCGUGGGAUUGAUCCAACGCUGUACUGGACUCAGGAAGCUUUUCAUUCAUGGCACCACACAUGAGCACUUCAUGACCUUCUUCCUUUCAAUUCCAAACUUGAGGGACAUGCAAUUACGGGAGGACUACUAUCCUGCCCCAGAGAACGAUCUGAUGUUCACGGAGAUGCGGGCUGAAUCUUGGCUUAGAUUUGAGGUGCAGCUGAACAGCCGGCAAAUUGCUGAUUAGUUAUGUGGUGUUACAGGCACAGAAUGGUUUGAAGCUGAAUACAGAGAUUUAUUUGGAUGGAGCCAUUGCUCCGAUGUGCAGUGGCAUUGAAUUACCGGUGAGUUGCUUAUGAUUAUGGGUGGAGUCGUGGGUAUUGCUGCAGUGCCAUUGAGGAGAGUAGUAGACAGUGGUUUGUAUCUGUCGGCAAGUAACGGUGACCUUCUUCGGUUGCACUUUUUCUUUUUUUUUAAUGUAAUAAGAGAGUUGGUUAAGAUUAUAAAUUAGGUUUCUUGGAAAUUUUUCCAAGAAGAAAUGAUUUUGUUUCUAAGCUGAUCUGAGUUGUGAACACCGGCAAGAGUAAAUGGCAAUUUGGCAUGUUCUAGUGAUUUGUAACACUGAUCUCUGUAAACAAAAGAUAAAGGUCAAUCGCUUUUCUUAUGACAUUGUUUCAUAA